AUGACCUCUGAACUGGAGAGCAGCCUCAUCAUGGACUGGCUCCCCCAGCUCAGCAUGCGGUCGGCCCUCCAGAAGGCCGACGCCGGCAACCACCACCACCACCACAACCAUCACCAUCACCACGGCAACCACCCGCAUCCCCUCCUCCACCACCACCACCACAACCACCACCACCACAACAACCUCCACCACCCGGGGCACCUCCAACAUGGACACCACCAGCAACACCACCACCAGCACCACCAGCAGCAGCAGCCCCAACCCCAGCAGCAGCAGCAGCAGCAGCAGGCGCUGGUGCACAGCGUCGCGGUUGCCACGGCGCCGGCGGCGAUGGCGGGGAAGAAGGGCGGGGUCCAGCUGGAGCCCGGGGCACGCUGGACCCCCGAGGAGGCGGCCACGCAGCACCGCGACGGCAAGCCGCCCUACAGCUACGCCAGCCUCAUCACGUUCGCCAUCAACGGCUCGGCGCGCAAGAGGAUGACCCUCAGUGAGAUCUACCAGUGGAUCUGCGACAACUUCCCCUACUACCGGGAGGCGGGCAGCGGCUGGAAGAACUCCAUACGACACAACCUGUCCUUGAACAAGUGUUUUCUCAAAGUGCCUCGCUCCAAAGACGACCCUGGGAAAGGAUCCUACUGGGCCAUCGACAACAACCCCAAGGAGGACUCGGUGCCCAGCCGGCCCAAGAAGAGGCCGCGGUCCGGGGAGAGGGCGUCCACUCCCUACACCCUGGAGUCUGAGUCUCUGAGGAUGGACUGUAUCAUGUCUGGAGGGAGCUCCCCCAGCUUAGCCAUCAACACCGUCACCAACAAGGUAGCGUUGUACAAUGCGGACACGGAGGGCAGCGAGAGUCCCGGCAGCCUGGGAGGAAGUCUGAGCACCAGCCUGUCAGACCAGAGCCUGGCCUCCCUCAACCUCAACACGGCCAGCAGCACUGCCCACCCAUACCCCUCGGUGGGUAGCCACUCGGAGCAGCACACCCCCCCGCCGCCUCCGUCCGCGCCCCCUGCCCCUCCGCAGCCCCCCCAGUACGGGCUGCCGCCGGCGGGGGAGGCCCGGGACAAGCAGCCCCUCUGCUUCUCAGACUUCCAGGACCUCAGCGCCUCCUUCCGUUCCCUCUACCAGCGUGUCUUCCAGCAGUCCUUCUCCCAGCCAGAUCUGAUGGGGAUGCCCGGUGAGCCGGGCCAGCAGAGCCACACCGUGUGCUCCUACCAGCACUCCCCCGGCUCGGGGGUCAACGGCGGGGGCAGUGGCGGCGGCGGCGGCGGUGCUGGAGGCGGGGGGGCCCACCACCAGCACCACCACCAGCACCACCACCACCACCAAGCACACGGCCACAGCCAGGCUCCGCACCACGCCCACCACCUCCCACACCUCUCCCCGCACCCAGCGCACCCCGGCCAGCACUCCCAGCAGCCCUCCCCCCUCUCACUCCACGCCCUCUCCGGCACGGGUAUGUCAGCUGACUGGUAUCCUAACUUGGAUUGGCUAAAGGAAAGUUGCCGCAUCGCCACCAGUUACAACUGGUCUGAUGUCGACCUCUCCCCGUUCCAAGGCCUGAAGGAGAGCAUGCGUCAGGCGGCGCUCAACAACUGGUCUCUGGACGGCGCCCAGAUGGCGGACCUCUGCUCCUCCAUCAACCAGUUCUUCAGCGCCACCGGGGUCAUCCCCGCCCAGACGGGGUCCCUCCCCACCGCCGCUCAGGCCCAGCACCCCACGCCCCAGCCCGGGGGCACCCUGCACCCCAAGGCCGGCCAGGCCCACCCUCAGGGCCAGGCUCAGCAGCACAGCCAGCACAUCAGCAGCGGAAACAUGUACAUGGAUUCCAGACAGAGCAUCUCAGCUAUGAUGACGCCCCCUGGAUACCCCCACCUCCCCCACCUCGCCCAGACCGGCCCCCCCAGCACAGGCCUCCACAGUCAACUGAGCCAGCAGCAGCACAUGCUGCCCCCCCCACCGGGCCACUUCACCAUGAGACGGCUCCCCGCAGCCGACGAUAUCCAGGACGACUUCGACUGGGACUCCAUCGUCUAGAGUGGGGCGAGAGACACUCAGAAACAAGAAGAGAGAGAGAGAGGGAGAGAGAGAGAUAGGGAGUAAGAGAGAGAGAAGGAGAGAAAUAGGCAACGUUUGCCUACAAGAGAAAACAAAAGACAAUCUAAAAAAUUAAUGAUGGAAUAUGACUUUGCUUGAGAUUCAUUUAGUUUUUUUUUAUCGCAAGGGUGAGGAGUCUAAAGACAAUCAUAUAAAAAAGGACUCAAAUGGAUAUGGGGGUUGAUUGGGGACAUUAGAGGCUAUCUGUAUUGUCUUGACUCAUAACCAACCCCCUUCCUCCCCCCUCCCCCUCCCUUCCCAACAGGUUUACAAAGUCGCCGAAAUGUUGUCUCGAUGAUGGUGAAGUCAAGUCUGUUGUCGUUCUUUUUUUUACCUCUCAGUUGUUUUAUCGUUAUUUGUCCGCCCAACAUGCACUGUGCGUUGCGGCCUGCUUGGACUGGGUUGAAAGGUCAAACAUAGAAAAGUGCCGGUGAGUGGUCAAGACUCUCUAAAUCUCUCUCUGGUGCCAUUGCUGCAAAGAUACGUCAAAUGCGCCCAGGUUACGGAUGUAGGUACCCCUGGAUAAUUGGGAUCAGCAUAGCAUCCACUUCAAAACAGGGUCGAUUUUAGGUUUUCUUUAGCUUGUUUCAUUCGAUGGAGUGAGGACACGCCAACCUUUGCUUCAAUUACUGACGGUGGAGCGCCACCUUGUGGUACAAUCAAGGUUGCACUUCAACCUUAACGACCACAAAGCUGCUUGGCAGUGAUGAGUAUUUUUGUCAUCAUGCGUGUUUGUUUGUGUGUGUGCGUGUGUAUGUGUCCUUGUGUGGGCAUGCGAAUACAAGGGUGUGUGUGUGUGUGUGUGUCUGUCUGUCUAUGGGUACAUUUGUGUGUGUGUGUGUGGGUGUGUGUCUGUGUGUGUGUGCGCGCGCGUUUGUAUGUGCAUAUGCAUCACUGCAUGCAUGUAUGAUUUGAAUAAGAAUAGCGCCCUCAGGGUCUUAGUUUCGGAGCAAAUCAAAGCCAUGUAUCUUAUCUCAAUGGGUGGAAUUUUGCUCUGAGCUGCCUCCCAUGACAGAAUCUGUCAACCCACGUCUCAAUCACUUGGUAAGUCACCCUGCGCUUAACCCAGUAUGGAGUGAUGCUGUGAUUCUAGCGUGUUUGUAUCCCAUAAUAAUAUAGCAAGGCAAAACAGGGCAUACAUCUAGGGCCAAUAGGAUUCACUCUUCAUAUUCCAACUUCCUGUAUAAUGGCCAGCGGAAAAAUACGGAUGACCUUGAUUUUGAGUAAUUGUUGUGAACUUUGACCUGUUGAAGCGUUGAACCUGGUUGAUGAAAACCUAAUGUUCGAACAACGUUUCUUGGUGUCUGUUUUUAUUUUUUAUGGUGCUCCUCCCCAGAAUGGAUUCCACAGAUUAAGCUUACCGAGACCAGAUAUUAUUGGGACAUUCUGACCCAGGAAAGUAUGCUAUAUAAUCUCCAGACACAGAGUACAUUAGCCAGACUUCAGGCAUGUUUGGCAAUAAAGAUUUUGGGGGAUAAUGGAGACCUAAAGUACUGUGCUCGUCAAUUAAUGAUUAAGUAUUAAUGAAAGAUGGCAUUAGGACGACUCGCUGAUUUUGCACAAUUUUAAACAUGGUAGCAUUGAAUGGGGAAGAAUUUCUCUUCUGACCUUUUGUUGCAUAAAAAAAUUGAUAUCAAUGAACUAUUACCGCAAGGAAGCGAAGACUUAGGAGAAAAUAUUCAACAUUCUGUCUGUCUUUAUUUAUUAUAGAUGGUGAGCUUUUCAUUUUGUCAUCGUGUAGCCUACCAGAGUGCAUCGAUUCUUUAAGGUCGGAAUAUACACGUUCACCAAUCAAAAGAGCCAUGUAGACAUCAACACAUAAAUGUUUUUCUAUUUAAUGGGUAUAUAACAAACAAUCUUAAAGUGGUCUUUCUCUGGAAAGAGCUCAACUCUAAACCAGAUGGAAAAGGUUCUUCAAAAGGGAUCAAAGGUUGUUGUUAUUGACAUUGAAUGCUGUGUUGGGCUGAGCAGCAGCAAAUAUAUCUAUCUUUGUACGUUAGUGGGUUGUUGUCCUUGUAAAUAUCUGUAUGUACUCCACCCAUUCGCCCGUGAACUGGUAAAAAGAAGGACAGGUGAAGGCAGAAGAGGUGAACUGAAGUAUGGGAAAGUAUUUUGUUAUUUGUGCUUCGAGCAACAUUGUGUACAUACCGUCCGUAUAUUGUAAAUAAGUGCUGAAAAAAAAUUUGCAUUGGCUUUUUGUGUGUGUCAUAAAUAUUCUGUGUAUGGCGCUUUGUUACGUUUUGUUUCAGUGUUUAUUAAAAUGUCAUUGACCAUUUUUACCGCACAA